UGUCGCUUUAGAACUCAAGGGAACUAGGUUCGCUGCAAACCAGAGGCAUCGUCUACAUGCAUGGUGAGCGGUACACCGAUGCUAUAUCAUGCUUUGUCGAAUACAACAAAAAUCGACACCUUGACUAUAAACCGUGGAGGUAUAUGGCUUCAACAUUUUUGAAAUGUUUUAAUGAGGAGCCAAAGGCGAGUGAUGAACUUGUGUUGCAUGUUGCUCAUGCUAGUGUUCAACGAGCAUUGCGUAUUUUGAGCUCAAGUCGAUGGCCAACGGCAGAUUUCGCGCAAAAGCGGUGUCAGGCUGAGUACGACGACAUACAAGCUUUGCAGCAAACCAUUGUAAACCUUGGAGGAGCAGCUCAAGACUACUUUGCUUACAUGUCGACUCAUGGCGACGUGGCUCCGGCAUCACUUCAAAGUUUCAAUUGGGAAGAUAUUAUAUGGAUCAACGAAGAAUGCAAGAGAAUCGCAGGCAACAAGGACGUGCAAGAGGAAGAACCCAAAAGUGUACGAGAGCUUUAGCUACGGAAUUGUUGAAUCGGAUUGCUGUUUUCUUUUACUGUCACGCUGUAACAUCCAUCAAAUUUCAUUACAUCGAGACCGCCCCACUGCU